AAAAAAAUACACUGCCUUCCAGGCCCUUCUGCCCCCAGGGUCCAGACCCAACAAUGCCUUCUGGCCCUAAACCCAGAGCUGGGCCCACUUCCAGAGCUUCCUUAUAGUGGUACCUGUGAGACCAGAGGCAUCUGAGUGUGGCCUGAUGGGGUUCCCUGUAGAGCCCCGCUUUCCGUGUACCCCUAAGGCAAAGAGGAUGUUAUCUCAAGAAGUAUCUUCAAGGAUCUGGGUCCCAGGGGGUUCCAGGGGGCCCACUUGCCUUUGAGGCAGGUUGGCACAAUGGAAAGUCAAGCUUGGAGUGCAUCUUCCCAGCCCUUUCUAGCUGUGUGGCCUUGGGCAGGUUACUGAAUUUCUCUGGGCCUCAGACAUCAUACCCAUAAAAGAACUGAUAAAUUCUACCAUGAUAAUAACGUUCCAGAGCCUUACUGUGUGACAGGCAUUAGUCCAAAAGCUUUACGUGGACUGCCUCAUUCUGUCCUCAUCACAAUCCUCCGAGGAAUAGACUCUUCAGUCCAUUUUACAGAUGAGGAAACCAGGGCCCAGUGAGGUGAAGGGACUUUCCCACGGUCUCAUGGUGGUGGGGUGGGUGCCACCUUGCUGGUUUGCGUGAAGGUUGGGAGAUGGGGCAAGGACGUGCUGGGCACUUAGUUGACGUUCAGUAACUGGGUGCUCCUGCUUCAGCCUAGCAGGGCGAGGGCAGGUCCUGAGGCUGCACCUCCAGCCCUACCUGCUGCCUCUCUCUGCUUGGCUCUGGAGCUGCUGGGGGAAGCCCAGGUGGGUGUUCCUCGCCUGUUGCCCUUCUCCCUAGAAGGCAGGCCAUGCCCUUUCGAGUUGGGGUGAGGACGAACCUCUUGUUUCUUUUUUUUUUUUCUUUUUUUCUUUUUUUGUUUUUUAAUCACUUAGGCACAUAUUCAUCAGGUUGAGGACGAACCUGUUUGGGAGCCCAGCCCAGGUGAGAUCAGUUUGGAACUGACCCAUGCUCCCCUCCCGCUCCAUCCCUGGCGCCCCCUCUUUUCCUCUCCCCAGGAAGUGAGGGUGUGUCCCAAGGCGGGCAGCACCCCCAGCCGGCAGCCUCUGACUCACCCCAGCUGGGUGUGGGGGCCUCCAGGGCAGUGCCCGCCCUGGGGAGAGUGGAGGCUGUGUGUGCCAGACAAGGCUGAGACCUCUCCUCCCCCUCCAGCUCUGGGACAGAGGAAGCACACGACCCAUGGACUGUGCUUGGAUUCACAGGCUUGGAACCCUCCAGGGACAGGGCCUGUCGAGAGUGGCCCCUUCCUGUUCCCUGGGAGAGCACUGGAGGCCAGCCUUCCCAUCCCUGGUACAGGAGGGGUGCCAGCCACCCGCCUCCCCUCCUGCCUGGGAAGUUUUCCCGGCUUGGCCUUGUUUGUGCUUUCACAAAAGGCUCUCUGUGCCCUGUUUACCCGCAGCCCGCCUGCCUGCCGCCCAGGUGUGGAAGCCACGCCAAGUCCCUGAGGGCCCACAUGGGGUCUGGAGCGUGCUGGGGGUCUCCCUCUGGGACAGACUGGGCAGCUUGUCAUUUCUUGACUCCCUUCCCUGUCUGUGAGAAACAUCCAGUGGAUGUGGACUGGGGCUGAACCUAAGGACUAGCUCUGAAAGCAGAUGGCCCACUCUGCCAUCCUGGGGUCCUGGGAGGGUCUCCAGGUGUUCGAGGUUCUUCGAGUCCCAGGGAUCCUGGGGGGUCUCUGAGUGGUCUGGCCCUGCUCAGAGACAGUGGUGCUUGAGGCUCGGCCCUCACCCAGGUUAAACCAUGAUUCCGGUGACGGAGCUCCGCUACUUUGCGGACACGCAACCAGCAUACCGGAUCCUGAAGCCGUGGUGGGAUGUGUUCACAGACUACAUCUCUAUUGUCAUGCUGAUGAUCGCCGUCUUCGGGGGGACACUGCAGGUCACCCAAGACAAGAUGAUCUGCCUGCCUUGUAAGUGGGUCACCAAGGACUCCUGCAAUGACUCGUUCCGGGGCUGGGCAGCCCCUGGCCCGGAGCCCACCUUCCCGAACUCCACCAUUCUACCGACCCCUGACACGGGCCCCACAGGCAUCAAGUAUGACCUGGACCGGCACCAGUACAACUAUGUGGACGCCGUGUGCUACGAGAACCGGCUGCACUGGUUCGCCAAGUACUUCCCCUACCUGGUACUCCUGCACACGCUCAUCUUCCUGGCCUGCAGCAACUUCUGGUUCAAAUUCCCACGCACCAGCUCGAAGCUGGAGCACUUUGUGUCUAUCCUGCUGAAGUGCUUCGACUCACCCUGGACCACAAGGGCUCUGUCGGAGACGGUGGUGGAGGAGAGCGACCCCAAGCCGGCCUUCAGCAAGAUGAAUGGCUCCAUGGACAAGAAGUCCUCGACCGUCAGUGAGGAUGUGGAGGCCACCGUGCCCAUGCUGCAGCGGACCAAGUCACGGAUCGAGCAGGGCAUCGUGGACCGCUCGGAGACGGGCGUGCUGGACAAGAAGGAGGGGGAGCAGGCCAAGGCGCUGUUUGAGAAGGUGAAGAAGUUCCGGACCCACGUGGAAGAGGGGGACAUUGUGUACCGCCUCUACAUGCGGCAGACCAUCAUCAAGGUGAUCAAAUUCAUCCUCAUCAUCUGCUACACCGUCUACUACGUGCACAACAUCAAGUUCGACGUGGACUGCACCGUGGACAUUGAGAGCCUGACAGGCUACCGUACCUACCGCUGUGCCCACCCCCUGGCCACGCUCUUCAAGAUCCUGGCAUCCUUCUACAUCAGCCUGGUCAUCUUCUAUGGCCUCAUCUGCAUGUAUACGCUGUGGUGGAUGCUGCGGCGCUCCCUCAAGAAGUACUCGUUCGAGUCGAUCCGCGAGGAGAGCAGCUACAGCGACAUCCCCGAUGUCAAGAACGACUUCGCCUUCAUGCUGCACCUCAUCGACCAGUACGACCCGCUCUACUCCAAGCGCUUCGCCGUCUUCUUGUCGGAGGUGAGUGAGAACAAGCUGCGGCAGCUGAACCUCAACAACGAGUGGACGCUGGACAAGCUCCGGCAGCGGCUCACCAAGAACGCACAGGACAAGCUGGAGCUGCACCUGUUCAUGCUCAGUGGCAUCCCCGACACCGUGUUUGACCUGGUGGAGCUGGAGGUCCUGAAGCUGGAGCUGAUCCCCGAUGUGACCAUCCCACCCAGCAUCGCCCAGCUCACAGGCCUCAAGGAGCUGUGGCUCUAUCACACAGCGGCCAAGAUUGAGGCACCCGCACUAGCCUUCCUGCGCGAGAACCUGCGGGCGCUGCACAUCAAGUUCACUGACAUCAAGGAGAUCCCGCUGUGGAUCUACAGCCUGAAGACGCUGGAGGAGCUGCACCUGACGGGCAACCUGAGCGCGGAGAACAACCGCUACAUCGUCAUCGACGGGCUGCGGGAGCUCAAACGCCUCAAGGUCCUGCGGCUCAAGAGCAACCUGAGCAAGCUGCCGCAGGUGGUCACAGAUGUGGGCGUGCACCUGCAGAAGCUGUCCAUCAACAAUGAGGGCACCAAGCUCAUCGUCCUCAACAGCCUCAAGAAGAUGGCGAACCUUACUGAGCUGGAGCUGAUCCGCUGUGACCUGGAGCGCAUCCCACACUCCAUCUUCAGCCUUCACAACCUGCAGGAGAUCGACCUCAAGGACAACAACCUCAAGACCAUCGAGGAGAUCAUCAGCUUCCAGCACCUGCACCGCCUCACCUGCCUUAAGCUGUGGUAUAACCACAUCGCCUACAUCCCCAUCCAGAUCGGCAACCUCACCAACCUGGAGCGCCUCUACCUGAACCGCAACAAGAUCGAGAAAAUCCCCACCCAGCUCUUCUACUGCCGCAAGCUGCGCUACCUGGACCUCAGCCACAACAACCUGACCUUCCUCCCCGCCGACAUCGGCCUCCUGCAGAACCUCCAGAACCUGGCCAUCACGGCCAACCGGAUCGAGAUGCUCCCUCCGGAACUCUUCCAGUGCCGAAAGCUGCGGGCCCUACACCUGGGCAACAACGUGCUGCAGUCACUGCCCUCGAGGGUGGGUGAGCUGACCAACCUGACGCAGAUCGAGCUGCGGGGCAACCGGCUGGAGUGCCUGCCCGUGGAGCUGGGCGAGUGCCCACUGCUCAAGCGCAGCGGCCUGGUGGUGGAGGAGGACCUGUUCAACACGCUGCCGCCUGAGGUGAAAGAGCGGCUCUGGAGGGCUGACAAGGAGCAGGCCUGAGCGCGGCCGGCCCAGCACAGCCAGCAGCGGGACCGCCAGCCAGUCCUCAGGCCCAGAGGGCCAGGCCCAGCUUCUCCCAGGGCUCCCGACAGCCAGGCCAGCCUUGCAGCCGGGCAGGAGCCCGGGGCCGGUUGUGAGUCGGGCCAGAGUGAGAGGACAGUAUCUGCGGGGCUGGCCCUUUUCUCCCUGAGACUCACGCCCCCCGGGGCAAGCGGCUGUGGAGGAAAGCAAGUCUCAGUGCAGUAUUUGGAUAAUCAGGGUCUCCUCCCUGGAGGCCGUCUCUGCUCCAGGGGCUGAGUUGCCCAGAGGUCCUGGGACCCUCACUUUAGUUCUUGGUAUUUAUUUUUCUCCGCCUCCUGCCUCCUUCAUCCAGUUAACUUAUACAUUCCCAAGAAAGUUCAGCCCAGAUAGAAGGUGUUCAAGGAAGGGUGGGCUGCGUUUUCCCUUGUCCUUAUUUAGCGAUGCCACCAGGCAUUUAGUGCCCACCCAAACUGAGCAGAGUGGUCCGGGGCAAACCAGCCGUGGGGCGGUCACCCAGAGGGGCCGGGCUGAGCUCUGGCAGUGCGGUCCGUGGGAAAGCAGGCCUCCAGCUGGAAAGGCCAGGCCUGGGGCUUGCCUCUUCAGUUUUUGUGGCAGUUUUAGAUUUUUUUUUUUUAAUCAAAAAACAAUUUUUUUAAAAAAAGCUUUGAAAAUGGAUGGUUUGGGUAUUAAAAAGAAAAAAACACUUAAAAAAAAAAAAAAAAAAAAAACACUAAUGGCCAGUGAGUUGGAGUCUCAGGGUGGGGUGGCAGUUUUUCUUGAGCAAUGCAGCCAGACGUUGAAUUGUGUUUCCUUUCCCUGGGGCGCAGGGUGCAGAGUGUCUUCCGAAUCUCAUGUGACCUUGGUCCAGGGGUUCUGUUUGUUCCUGGGGCAGGGAGGGUUUUUUUUGUUUGUUUUUUGGGUUUUUUUGGUGUCUUGUUUUCUUUCUCCUCCAUGUGUCUUGGCAGGCACUCAUUGCUGUGGCUGUCAGCCAAAGGGAAUGUUCUGGAGCUGCCAAGGAGGGAGGAGACUCGGGUUGGCUAAUCCCUGGAUGAACGGUGCUCCAUUCCCACCUCCCCUCCUCGAGCCUGCCCUGCCUCUCCACGCAGAGUGUUAAGGAGCCACUUUACCCAGACUCUGUUUCCCCACCUCCUGUGGCAUGGGUGUGCCCAGUGCCGCUGCUGGCCUCCGCUGCUUCCAUCAGCCCUGUCGCCACCUGGUCCUUCAUGAAGAGCAGACACUUAGAGGCCGGUCGGGCACGGGGAGGUCACCCCUGGGAGUAUAGGCUCCCUGACUUUGGUUCCAAGCCAGUUUCCGUCCCCGGCGCCUGGAGUGCACACAGCCCAGUCUGCGCCUGGUGGCAGGAAGCCACCCUGCUUUAGAUCAAUCACUCGGGUCCCCACCUUAGAAGGGUCCCUGCCUUAGAUCAAUCACGUGGACACUAAGGCACGUUUUAGCGUCUCUUGUCUUAAUGAUUAUGUCCGUCCGUCUGUCCAUUGCGUUUUCUGCGUCAUGUCAUUGGGUAUAAUCCUCAGAAAUAAUGCACACUAGCCUCUGACAACCGUGAAGCAAUCCGUUACACGUGGGUCUGAACUUGUAGACUCGGUUUCCAGUAUCAAAUAAAUCUAUAACAGAAAGUG